UUGUGUGUAUAAAUACUGUUUCCACAACUGAAUGCUAUCAAACAUGAUGCAUAAUUUCAGAUGUGAAUAAAACUACACUUUGGUGUCAUUCUCAUGACUUUAAAAAAAAAAAAAAUGUUCCAUAGAAGAAAGAACGUCUCUUCCAAACAGGUUUGUAACAUAAUGGUGAGUAAAUGAUGACAAAAUUCUAAUUUUUAGGGGUGAACUAUCCAAUUUUUAACUAUGGAUAUAUUUGGCACUAGUUUAAUUUGUCAAUUAACAAUUGUCCAACAGAGAACAUACAUACAUCACAGCAGAAUUCUUUCCUUUUAAAUGAACUAUCCCUUUAAAAAUGAAUCUAAUUUCAAAUAUAAAUGCUAUAUGUGGAUAUAGAAUAUUCCAUUUUCUUUGGCGUCAUAAAUUAAGCAUUAAGCACAGUUAAAAUGAAUAUGUAUCUGCUGCUAUGAAUCAUGUCAUAUUUCCUGUCCUCUGGUCCUCAUUCCAUUAUGUUGAACGCCCCCAUAGAUAUGUAAAAACAACCUUUUGUCUGAGGGCUGAAAAGUGAAGGCAAUUUGUCUGUGGCAACCAGCGGAGCUCUCAGACAGGAGAAUGCGUUAAUGAGGAUCCGAGAUUAAAGAGAUCAAUGAAAGGCCCAUUAAGUGCUUAGCCGGUGCGCUAACACUUAACAAGCGCAGUUUUUGACAAUGCUUAAAGAGAGCACACGGCCCAAACCAGUUGACUUCUAGGUAAUUGCUUUUCUUUUUAUUUCACUGCACUUCUCUGUCCUCUUUAAUGGUGCUGUCUUGCCAGCCUUUCUCUAAGCAGACAAAGAAUCAGUCAUUCUGUGGCAUCAUCAAUGAAUCGAUGCCACGCUCCCCUCAUCAUUCGCUCUCUCUCUCUCUCUCUCUGUCUCUCUCGGUUUCUUGGUCAGUCAGGGUACAUAACCUGUGCAAAGCCUUUUGCUUCUCUGUGCACAUCAUUUCAAAGUGGAUUCUUAUUGAGCAACAGAAGGUAAGUUGGGCUUUCAUAUAAAGAUUUAAUUUGGUUACCAUCAGGUUUUAGAGAUCUAAAUCUUGUUUUAAUGCAGUGUUGGAGUAGUUGUGCUCCUUUAGUUUUUGUGGUACAUGAUUGCAAACCAACAUGUUGAAAAGCUAUUUUGACAUUCUUUGACAAUUUAGAAAAGUGACUGAAUCUGAUGUUGAAUAUGAUCUCUCUCUGUCAUGCUUAUAUUUUGUCCUCAUUCUAUUUCCAAAGCUAUGCGUCCAUCCAGUAUUUUGACCUUUGAACCGGGGUUGGAGUCUGGAGUGCCAUGGGGCCGUGAUCUUUUUACUUUUGUGACUUCAGCAGCUGGUCACAUGAUGAGGACUUUGCAAAGACCACGUAAAAACAAGCCAUCAAAACGACAAGUCAAUCAUCGCAGGUUUCUGCACAACAUGAUACAGAGAAAAUUUGCUGAAAUAGAGGCAGCGAACCAUCAGCUGGCAUCUGCUUUAUUUGCAACUGAUAAACCCCCCGAUCAUCUAACUCCCAGACUAUCUCACAUUGUAACAGAAGUCACAGACCAGUCACCCAAACCUUCAAAAAAAGCUAUUGAAACUUUUAUAAAUGCUGACAAAACCGAAGCGCUUCCUGAACAACAAGAGGAUGUGUGUGACCUCUGGACAUUGGACAGUCUUUUGGACACCCAUGUGGCUGAUAAAAGUUUCUCACCGUGCAAGUUCUCCAACAGUAGAGGAAGAAAUCCGAGAACUGACAAAGACGGCAAAGGUUUGAAAAACAACCCUGCAAGCUCAAUGGAGAAGGACAUCGACUUCAGCUUCAGCUUCGAAAGGCAGCCAGCAUCUACUGAUUUAGAAAGCUUGACUCAAAUGAACGACAGUCUCCUAGAGGACAGCAUGUCCUCCUGGUUUGGGUCCAUUGAAAGAACAAGAACAUAUUCGAAACCACAUCUCACCAAGUACCAUGACGUGAAGUUUCUCCCCACAGACAUUGAUGUUCAAGACCUGUCACCUCCUUCUCCGGUGAUUUCACUCUUGUCUUUAGAUUCAUGUGAUUUGGAGGUUCAGAUGCUCAUAGAUGCAGAGCACAAUGUGAACCAAAUGCAAGAUGCCACCAUCGUAGAGAGUCUCCAAAUGGAUAUGGUGGAUGACCUUGACCUCCUGGAUAAAAUGGCUGAGUGGAUGGAUCACAGUGAAAAGGAUGGACGAUGUUUACAGGAAACAUGUGCGUUUCCAAGCUCUCUGGAUUCAGAUCUAGAGAACCUAACAGGUUCUGGUGGUGGGGCCACCAACUCUAUGUCCACUUUGGGCCAAACGGGUCAUUCAUUUUUCGCUAAUGUUCUCUGUAGUCAAGAGCCACAUAGACGUAGUUUCCAUCAUGAUCAAAUAAACUAUGCUAUGAACCACAAUAUCAUUCUAGAAGACCGGUUUGGUCAGGUUGAACCUUGCAUGAAGACGAAUGGAAAGGAGGAUUGUUAUUUAGAUACAGAUUUUUCUGUCAUGGAUGGUAAUGUUUCAAGCAACCACAUGUUCCCAGGAUUUGAGAGACAGUUGGACCAAUCCAAAAGGAUUCUUCAUGACGACUGGGAACAACAACCUCUAAAAAGCUCAUACAAGAACUAUACAAGUCCAGAUCAGAUUAUGAUCCAAGAAACUGAUAUCAGAAAUGUUGACAAAAACACUGUGCAGGUUGAGAAUCUCAACCAGACUUUAUCAGGCCCCCAAUGCCCGAUAACAUGCUGCCUUGAAGGCGUUUGUUAUCAUAAAGAAGACUCGUGUUUUUACACAAAAUUCAGAGGCAGUCACAACUUUGAGGGCGUGGCUAGAUCUUUCCCAGCCACAUUGCAUAAGCUCCACCCCACUCCAAUUCAGACUCCGCCUCUAGAUGAUGAUUGGUUGUUCGGUAAUAUUGUGGCAGAGGAAGAGGUAAAUAGCAUGAAUAAUACAUUUGGAAAGUACUGAUCAGUCAUUGGACAUUAAUUGUAUGAACUGUUUUCAUGAAUUUCAUUGUACCUGGGGAUGUUUGAUUUUUACACUUUUGUGAUUUUAUGAUCAUUUCUGUGAAAUGUUCUUGUCUGUGGUGUGAAAAAUUAAAUAUUUUAUGUAAU